AUGCACGGAAAGGUUGCUCUUGAGGAGGCUUUCGCCCUCCCUCGCCUUCACGAGAAGACGAGAUGGUGGGCUUCCCUGUUUGCCGUGAACCCAGACAAGCAUGCCGUCGAGAUGACGGACAUUACUGAUAUCCGCAUCAAGUAUAUGGACAAGCAUGGGGUCGGCUAUACGAUUCUCUCAUACACUGCUCCCGGAGUACAAGACGUCUCAGACCCCAAGGAGGCUCAGGCUCUGGCCGUAGAGAUUAACGAUUAUGUUGCUGGUGCCAUUAAGAAUCACCCCGAUCGAUUUGGAGCCUUUGCCACCCUCUCCAUGCACAACCCCCAAGAAGCAGCCACCGAGCUCAAGCGCUGCGUCACCCAAUACGGCUUCAAGGGCGCCCUCGUCAACGACACUCAACGGGCCGGCGAAGAUGACAUGAUCUUCUACGACGGCCCCGAAUGGGACGUCUUCUGGUCAACCGUCGAGGAGCUCGACGUCCCCUUCUACCUGCACCCGCGUAAUCCCACCGGCUCGCUCCACGAAAAGCUCUGGGCGAAGCGCAAGUGGCUCAUCGGCCCUCCUCUCAGCUUCGCCCAAGGCGUGUCCCUUCACGUCCUGGGCAUGGUGACCAACGGCGUCUUUGACCGCCACCCCAAACUGCAGGUUGUCCUGGGCCACCUGGGAGAGCACAUCCCCUUCGACAUGUGGCGCAUCAACCACUGGUUCGAGGACGUCAAGAAGCCGCUGGGCCUGGACUGCAAGAAGACCAUCCGGGAGUACUUCCAGCAGAACAUCUGGAUCACCACCAGCGGGCACUUCUCCACGACGACUCUGCAGUUUUGCAUGGCCGAGGUUGGGGCCGAUCGCAUCCUGUUCUCCAUCGACUAUCCGUUUGAGUGUUUUGCCGAUGCGUGUGAUUGGUACGACGGCGUGCCCAUCAAUUUGGUCGACAAGGCCAAGAUUGGAAGGGAUAAUGCGAGGCGGCUGUUCAAGCUGCCUGCGUUCAAGGACUCUGAGAAACAUGUCGGUGAAUAG